AUGGUCAGAUGUGGGUAUGCUAAAUUUGCUAACGGGGUGGCUUGUGGAGUAACUAUUGCAUCAAGCGAGUGCUUGACGUUAAAGCAGUGUUCCAGAAACAUCAAACCCCAUUUAAGAGGACUGAAAGUGGUGGAUAAAAAUCUAAAGGACGAGAUACAGUUACUUUUGGGGCGAGCAGGUAAGGAAUGAAUAUUUUAUUUUGAUAUAGUUAAGUACAUUACUGAAAAAUUUUAACACAAAAUUGGCACGAGUCGAGCUAGCCCAGGGCGAGCGUAAUUUGGCGCGAACAUUCUAGGCGGGAAAAUCACACCUUUCCAGGAGUAGCUGUUGUCAAAAAGAAGUGAUUUUACAAGUCUUACGGAAUAUUUAGAGGCUAACUUUUACGAGUUUCUCCUGGUAAACGCCACGUGACUUAUGUUCUGAUCUUUUUAAAAUCGGCUUGAGAGCCUUGGGUGCUCUUUGGCUGCGCGGUACCUCCCAUGCGACACUACGGUUUAGUAUGGAGGGAUUUGUUGCGAUUCUUAUUCCUGGUACACAAUGUUUGUGCUAGGCACUACGCAACCUAAAGUAUAGUAGUGCCCAUACCUAGCCAGUAAGUUUGAGCGUAAGAAAAAAAGAAUGAUUGGGUGGAAGAAGGCGCAGGGGGGAGGGGUGGAGGGCAACCAAAAAAAUCUUUCCGAGAGCACGCCAGUCAGAUUAGCAUUUCUCGUUCUAAUUUGCAAAAGUAAUCUGCAAAACCAUUUUGAACAACCUAAUCUUUACCGACGGAUUCCGUGGGUUAAUAUAUUUAUAUAUUCUUUUUACCAUAUUUUGUAGGUUUGUUUUCCUCAGAGGUAGAAGCUGAGAAAAUAACAAUCUGUCCCCGGCAUCGCGAUGUGUAUGGAACUCGGUGGAAGUGCAACAAAAGACGAUGUGUUAUUCCCAGCGUCAUUAGCGGUCACACCGGUAUACCACGUCCAAAAGGUGACCGAGGAGUCACCCUUUUACAAGCAGAAUCGAUAUUCAGUGUUUUGGGGGUACUAGUACCAAUCGGAGUACGUAAGUAUCACUAAAUAUAAGUAAAAUUCCCAGUCAACGAUACUUUAAGUACGCUAAGUUACUACUUUAAGUUCGCUACGAUCAUUACGAUCGUCAACGGCGCCCACCUUUAUUCAGUGAUUAAAGCUACAUUUCUGUGAUAAAACUGGCCUCUUCAUUGAAAUACUAGCUGGCUUUAGUAACUGUUCUAACAUCUUGUUAAGUCAUGAUGUCGAUCCAAGGGUCUGGUACUUUAGAGCUAUCGUCCUCUCCUUGCCACGUUUCGCUGUCGUUCGAUUCCUCUUCAGUCAUCUACGUACGUUACUUCUACUCUUUUCUACCUUUCGCGGCCAACGAACACCAUUUACAUUAAUUCUGAGGAUUAUAAUAUGAGCAGUUAUUUCGUUAUCGUUUAUUACGUUUGGAUCAAGUGUUUAAUUCUGGCUUAUAUUUGCCUAUUUUGAUAUUUGCUUUUUGUUUCUUUUUCUUAGCUAUUUGUCGACAGUGCAGAGACAAAGUAAAAAAAAUCUGUCAAGAAGAAAAACUAACAAAU